CCUCCUCUGGCGCAAGACGAAAGAGAAGGGACUUCCUCGUAGCUCCACUGUCUCUCCAAAAAUGGCGGACACGUGCGGCCAAGUCUUGCUGGGAUCGGGUCUCACCGUCCUCUCCCACCCUCUGAUGUACAUCAAAGUCCUGAUCCAGGUAGGACAUGAGCCGCUCGCUCCCAGCCUGGGCAGGAACCUGUUUGGCAGACAAGUCUACCAGCUGCCCGGACUGUUUGCUUAUGCAAAACACAUCAUCAAGAUAGAUGGAAAGGUGGGUCUCUUCAAAGGGCUCGGUCCAAGGCUCUGUGCCGGCUCCAUCGGCACCAUUGUGCACAGCACUGUUGUGCAGAAAUGUCAAGAAAAAGGCACACUUCAGGUACUGGGAGGUCAGCAGAAGGCUGUGGAGGGGACCCUACAGCACGUUGUUAACGAGACAACCAAAGAGAUGAUAGCCCGAUCCUGCGCCACCAUUGUCACACAUCCCUUUCAUGUGAUAACUUUGCGAUGUAUGGUCCAGUUUAUUGGGAGAGAAACAAAAUACAGCGGGGUGUUUGACUCCAUAGUCACAGUCUACAGAGAAGAAGGCUUACUGGGCUUCUUUGCUGGUUUGAUUCCUCGCCUUCUCGGCGACGUCCUGUCUCUGUGGAUUUGUAACCUGCUGGCUCACGUCAUCAAUACAUACGCCAUCGAUGACUCGAUGAGUCACACGGGAGAGAUCAAGAACUGCUCUCAGGCUGUAACUGGGUUCUUCGCCAGUAUGCUUACAUACCCUUUCGUUUUGGUGUCAAACCUCAUGGCUGUCAAUAACUGCGGGCUCGCUGGAGGCCUGCCUCCCUAUGCAUCGGUAUAUCCCACCUGGGUGGACUGCUGGAGGCAUCUAAGCAGAGAGGGCAACAUGAGCAGAGGCAACAGUUUAUUUUUCAGGAAGCUUCCAGCAGGAAAGAUGUAUGCCGUUGACCAGAAGAGAUUUUUUUAAAAGCCUCAAGGGGACUGAGCUGAACAUAGUUGUGAUAAUAAAACAAAGCAGAAAUCAACAUUGCCUGAUCUGGGGGUUGGACAGUCGGCACUUAAUCUUUUUUUUUUUUUGUAUGCACUUGUUUACUAUAUAUAUUUUUUUUUUUUCAACCUGCCAUCGUGUGAAAUAAAAACACAUUAAUUUCCAGCAGGUUAUGUUUUAUUAACAGAAAUUAACUGACUGAAACUGCAGGGCUGUAUGAUAAUAGGAUGGAGCAUUAAUCAUUUUAAAACCCACAUGUACUAAAUCUGACAGGAGGAUGACUCAUGAUGUCAAACCCGUCUGCAUAAUGGUAUGACUGACCAAUGUGAAAGCUCCCCCCCCAAUGUGUUAAAUUUGUUUUAAUAUAUAGAGUAUCGACAAUGGCUCCCUUUCAUCCAACGUGAUGGGAUUGGUUUGUUUAAAAACAGCACUUCAGUCUGCAUGUGGUAAUGUCUAAUAAUUCACAUGUUAGUGAUCAAGUGGGACCUCUUGUCGUGUGGUAUUGUCUCACUGUGUUAAUUAUAAAGCUCACUGCUUGACGGGCAUGUAAUGCUAGUAAAAAUGAGGGAGAGGACUCCGAGGGGAUGGUUGUUCAGGAGCAUGUUUGGAUGUACGGAGGCCUGGAGGCUAGCCGGAGCUCACCAAUGUCUUUUGGCGCUCUGAACAGCCAAGUGCUUGUAUCAUCUCUUCUGACUGACCCAAAUAAUUAAAAAAAAUGCUUU